AUGAAGACCAUAUCUGUGGGGUUCACCAUUUACGAGGCUCAGAACCUGGAGGUGGAAGACAAGACGUUAUUGGACCCCCUGGUAAUUGUACGCUGCUGCAACGAGGAGUACAUCACGAAGAAGAAGAAAAAAAAAUACAAUGCAGUUAACUGGGAGGAGAGCUACAUAUGGGAUCGACUCACGCUGUCAGAAAUCGAGUGGAAUGUAGCAAAAAUAGAAUUUGAAGUCCAAAGCGCGAAUACCUUUUGGAGGAAUGACAUAAUAGGAGUCAUUUCAUUCGAACUCAAGUUGAUUAAGAAUAAAAAAAACCACCAGAUAUAUGGGACCUACCCAAUACUGUAUAAAAAUGGCACAGAAAUUAGGGGGCAGCUGAGGCUAAAGGUAAUUGUCUGUGAUGAGAAGGACUACGUAGUGAAUGGUGACAUAUUUAACGAGUUGACCGAAAGGAAUGAAAAGCCUACCCUGUACGGUGGUACAUCUGGCUACUACGGAACUGGCUACGAAGAUGAGGAGGACAAUCAAGUUUACACCGAUUUGACCAAAGCAGUGGUGGAAGAAAAUCCCAUCAUGGUUAGAGAUACGCACUGUAGGAAUUACUACCUAUAUGUUAAUAUACACAAAAUAGAGGACAUAUACAUAGAUGUAGAUAGAAAGAAAUUUAGAGACCUCUACGUUACCUGCGAGUUUAAUGGGUGCCAUCUGAAGUCCAGUCAGGGGAGGAAUUGUGUAAAUUACACCUUCAAUGAAUGCUUUAAGAUUCCUAUUGCUACACCAAUUUUAGAAGAUUCCAUCAUUAUCAAAAUAUGGGACUGGAAUUUCCUAUCAAAUGAUGAGCUGCUAGCCAUAGGAGUUCUAUCCUUCAACCAGGUGAAGAACGAGUCCUUAAAUCCGACGUGGAUAAAUUUAUAUGGGUUUCAUAAAAAGGAGAUGGACUUUGAAAAGGAUACUAAUCAGCUGGUCACUUCUGAUUUUAGUAUAUCCAUGGAGGGGAAUUAUUACCUUGGUCGGAUUUGCAUAAGUUCCUACGUCGAAAGGAUAAACAGCUUUGACAGUAUGAACAUUGCCAUGACUCAAAGUUGCUUAGCCUUUGACGACCCUCUGUACAUUCCCGUCACUCUCUUAUGUGAUGUGUAUUUGGUCACGGGGGUUCUGGCCAAUAACAUUUACGUGCAGCUGUCUUGUGGCCCCUUUAGGAAGAGAACCGACUAUGUGCGCGCCAACGAGGGGGACAUACCCCCAAGGGGGGGCAGAAAUGUGAAAAACGCACGUCAGAUUACAGCAAAUGGAGAGGCCAACUUUUCCAACCUGUUCAACUUUGAUGACUUGCUAAAUUUGGACAACUUCUUCACCAAAGUGACUGAAAGGCAAAAAAUCAUCGAGAGGGGGGAAAGCACCGAGUUUUAUUUCUCGCCCAGGAAGGGGAAGAUAGAGAACCUAAAAUUUUGCGUCGUCCGGGAUGAGCGGCAGCAGUGGGAUGUCAUAAUAAAUGUGUUCGAGAGGGGUGGUCACCAGGGGGACGCCGCCGACGGGGGGGAUGGCGCGAAUUCCGCCGACGGAGGCGACUCCGCUGGGAGUGGCGCUAGCGGUGAUAGCGGCGGGCCUAACGCAAGAUCCCGGCUGACAGACCGACAGAAGUACAUCCUGAGCAAACGAAAAGGGAGGCGGCAUGGUGGGAGGCAUGCUGCGAGGAAUGACCGGAGGAAACCCUCCCCACGAGAGCGCUCCCCCGGGGGGGUGGAAAAAAACGAGGCGUACAACACCGAUAGGAGAAUUGCCUACUACAGACUGCCACUAAAGAACGUCCUCCAGUACAAUGAAAAACUCUCAAGGUGUCCCAUUUGGAUCCCCUUAAAGAAUAUCCCCCAAAAUGUACAGGGAGAAAAUAACUGCAUGUACAAUAUAUUUCAAAACGGGUCCAUACUACUCAACUUAGAAAAGGCUUAUGACGUCCAGUUAGGAAUAAACAGAAGAAAAAAUCUCAUCCCAAUGAACUAUGAACUGAGGUGCUACAUCUACGCCUGUCGAAAUGUGGUGUCCCAUUUUAAUGACUCACCUAAUACAUUUGUACAUAUCUCCUGCUCAGGGAAAAUGAAAAUAACCUCUCUUGUGUUGAGCAAUUCUAACCCUGUCUUUUUACAAUGCUUAAAAAUGAACGUAAAAAUUUUAACGGACUACUCUGUAGGGUUGCCCACCAUCCCCCUCAUCGUAGUCACCUUGUACGAAUUUUACAAUAAUACUUUUUACUUCAUCGGGAGAUGCUUCUGCAAUUACGACAUCUACCUUCGCGACAAUCAAAUGAAAUGCAGUUUCGCAGAGAGAGGCUCGAAAUAUAACGUAGUCGACCAGGUAAGGCCUAGGUGGAUCAAACUCAAAGGGAGUAAACACGUGAGGGCUAUGUAUCCAAAUAAUUUGUGGCAACAUCGUGGGAACGACAAGAGGUUGAUGCAGGAGUAUAUGUGCGAAAAGCAGAGAGAGCUUCGAAAGAACAGUGGGCGAAGUGGCAGCAACAUGGGUGGGAGCGGCAUCAACUUGGGGCGAAGCAGCAACAAUGGUGGGCAUCAAUAUGCCUAUCCACACAACGAACUGCAGAGAGGCGAACGAGUAGGGGAUAUACUCCUCUACUUUGAGCUAGUACAAGAAAAAGACGCUCUGAAAAUACCCGUCUACCCCAUGAUAACAGAGAUAAAGAAAUGCACCUUGUCAUUUUUCUGCAUGUCUCUCGAAAAUUUAAUACUCAUGCAGAGGAAGAAGCAGCUCCAGUUGGUGAGUGACAAACCGAGCAGGACUACCAUCACCCACCCAGUUAUUUUGCUUUCUAUUACCUCAUACUCAUCAUAUGGGAAGAAAAAUAACGAAAUUGUAAUUAGAUAUGAAAAGACCUUAAAAUCUAAUACUAGGAUACAUUUGAAGAAUUGGAGGAAUUCCUUCGAUCAGCAAAGCUUCGAAAUGUUUUGCAUCGAAAAUUUAUCUCUAGAUCUUCCUCUUGAUCCCAUUUUUGAUCCCAUUCUCAACAUCAAAGUGUACAACAAGAAAAUCAAGGAGAAGUAUUUCAUUGGGGAAACCAACAUUUCGCUAGUUCCAUACUUGCCCUGGAUUAAGGACCUCGACCAGGUGCUCUACUACCUGCAAGCUCAUGAUGAUUAUUCGGAGACCAUCGAUUUGGAAAAUGUCGACACCGCUUUCAACCUGUACAAGAACAAGAACGCCGCGCUCGUCAUCUCGGCCAUUUCCCUGGCCGACUGUGAGCAUACCCUCAGCUUGAAGGAGGAGGUCGGCGGGGGCGAGUUCGCCGACGACGACGAGCAGUGGCGGCGGCUGCCGCUUUUUAGGCACGAGGGUGAGAGCGGCGGUGGGCAAGGCGGUGAGCAAGGCGAUUCGUAUGGCGGUUUGUAUGGCGGCUUAUAUGGCGAUCCGUACGGCGGUUCAUAUGGCGAUCCGUACGGCGGUUCAUAUGGCGAUCCGUACGGCGGCACAUAUGCCUACCCCUACGCAGACCCGUACGGCGGUGCAUAUACCAACCCCUACACCGCUCAACAAGCUCAACAGGCCCCUCCCUACGGCAACCCGCAAAUGCUCCCAAGUGGCCCCGCGCAGAGCGGAAGCCCAAACGAAGACGUGGUGAAGAACCUGUACAAGAACAACAUGCAGAACCCAGCCACCUACGGCGUGAUCAACUACAGCAGGGCAAUUAACGCGGAGCAGUUUCCGAGUCAAGGGGACCCACUGCGCAGCCCUCUUGGAAUCGGUAACGGGAUGGACAAAAUGAACCGCCCCUACGGGAGAGGGUACCCCUACACGCAAGGGAAGCAAACCAUCAGCACAACUUACAAAAUAAAAUACGAAAAUGAGGUAUUCAAGCUGCACGAUGACGGUGUGCCGGAAGUGAUCAAGACAAGUUACAGUGUUAAGAAUUACCCAUACAUAAAAAUAUUAACAAGUAAAUUCAUCCUGAAUGUUUACAUCCCCCCUAGGUUUAUUCUCUACGUGGAGGGAGACAAAAUAAAUGUGGGGAAAUAUGUGAAGAAUGUUCACCGCGUUUCGGUGGACGGCGUGUUGGAAAGCUACCUGGACGAUAUACUCAUUCCGUCUCUGCCACUCAGGAGGAAGCUUAAUUGGUCGGCUAAUACUCUGCAGCAUAUGCGGGCAAGUGAAAAUAAAAUUACAAAAGGGGGGAUGCAUUUCGCGUGCUAUGAGAAAUUCCCCUUCGUCGAAAUUGUAGGAGGACAAAUAAAGUGCUUUACAAAAAUCCGCUACCAAAAUUUAGAAUCAGAAAAUAUCCCGCUAAGUUUGAAAGAUGUAACUAGCCAAAAUGCCUUUAGAAACAAAUUUAGAGGCGCUAAAAAGAUCCCACUGUACCUCAAAAUUAGGGUCUACGUAUUAAGGGGAAUAAGAAUAUAUGGGGUAAAUAAUAGCUACAUGGCGAACCCUUAUUUGAUUUUCUCACUAGGGGAAAAAACAUCUAAUUUGAGAAAUUCCUUUAAGGAGAACACCUUAAACCCGGAGUUUAGAUGCCUGUGGGAAAGUGAAGCCAUUUUUCCAGAAGACGAAAUUUUAACCGUCAGUGUGUACAGCGCGGAGGAUAACUUUGACAAGCAGAUAAACGAUCUGUACAUAGGCUCAACUGAAAUUAACUUAUUUGAUAGGUGGACCAGCAAGGAGUGGAGAGGCAUGAUGAAGAAGAAUAAAGUCCCCAUAGAGUACAGACCUUUAUAUAGUGAUGACUUGAAAGCACGCCCAGGGGGGGGAGGCACUGCCAAGAGCAAUGAUCGCAGUUACUACACUAGCACAACUAUGAUGGGUAGUCUCUACGAAAAGGGAGGCAACUGGAAUGGGAUCUUUUCAUUCCUUGAUUUUUUUACCUACCUUGUGAGACCCACUUCGUCCUACCUUUGGGGGGGGAGAAACUACAGACAGGAAGAAUCUACCUUAGAUAGCCAUCAGGAAGGGAAAAAUAAUGGCAUUCUAGAAAUGUGGGUGGAAAUUAUGGACUAUGAACAGUCCAAAAAAAUACCUAUACAUAAAAUGGGAACUCCUAAAAAGACAGACAUCGAAAUAAGAAUUAUCAUUUGGAGGUGCACUAUGCUGGCCUUGGAUGAAAAUCUGAGCAGAACCUUCGAUCUCACCGUCACGGCUGAGUUAGAUUGUGUAAACUAUAACGGAGCCAAUUCUACCAUCCAAUCAACUGAUGUCCAUUAUAGCUGUAAAAAUGGGAACGCCGUUUUCAACUGGAGGGUUGUAUACCCUCGUAUUUCUCACCCAUUAAACACUUGUUUCUUGCAGCUAGCUGCCUACAAUAACAACAACGUUGGGGUGAGCGAAUUUUUGGGGGAGGUCAACUUGGAGCUAUCAAAAUAUAUUAAUAAGGCUUCCCAAAUUGCUAAUAAGCUAGAAUUAGAUGCGGAGCUCAAGUUGAGGAAAAAGAAAGGAACAGAUUCGGACAACAAUUAUAAUGGCUAUUUACAAGUUACUGUGCAGUUUCUGCCGCAAACGAAGGCCAAUAUGAAACCUGUGGGGUUGGGGAGGGAGGAGCCAAACAGAAAUCCCUACCUCAGGACUCCCGACUCGGGCAGGGACUGGAACGACUUCGUUUACUCCAUAGGGUUCAACGAUAUUUACAAGCCCUUCUGGGGAUGGCUCAAGAUCUUCUUCAUUUGCCUUCUCCUCAUCUGGGUCUUCAUCAUGUCCUUCGUUUAUCCCUCCCUCCUCAUGUAG